GUUUGUGGUUUGCACAUGACUACCUGAUUGGCUGAACUUCAUGGUGAAGAGAGGAGGGUGCACGGGGUGAAAGGUUUGUUGUAUGGUCCUGAAUGGCUCCACAAGCAUCGACCCUUGAUUCUGCAAGUCUGGAAUAUAACAACCAGAAGCAAAGCAAAGACUCUUUCUCAGCCUUCCCUACUCUCAAAGCUUUGCCCUGUCACCAAGGCACAGUAUGGAAGCCAUUGCCAAAUUUGAUUUCAAUGCUUCUGGAGAGGAUGAACUGAGUUUCCGUACCGGGGACAUUCUGAAGAUUUUAAGCUCCCAGGAAGAGUGGUACAGGGCUGAGCUGAGAAGUCACGAAGGAUAUGUCCCCAAGAACUUCAUAGAUAUUCACAUUCCCACCUGGUUUAAUGAAGGGAUAUCCCGCCAUGAGGCAGAGAACUUACUCAUGAGCAAGGAAGUCGGCUCUUUCAUCAUCCGAGCCAGCCAGAACUCCCCUGGUGACUUCUCCAUCUCUGUCAGGCAUGAGGAUGAUGUCCAGCACUUCAGGGUGAUGAGGGAUACAAAGGGCAACUACUACUUAUGGACAGAGAAAUUCCAGUCACUAAACAAAUUGGUGGAGUACUAUAAGACCUCCUCUAUCUCCAGACAGAAGCUGAUAUUCCUGAGAGAUGGGAGCCAAGAAGAGAAGGAGAGGCGUGGUGGGAGCCUGGAACGGGGGGCACAGGAAGGACUCCGCCUGAGUGGAGCAGCUGGAGAAAUCCGAGCAUCAAUGUCCAAGAGAUAUGCAGAUCCCUCACCACCCCUGCAGCAGCAGCAGCAACAGGACAGAGGUGGUGGGAGCCUGGACAGAAAGGAUGGGCUUCAUCGCCUCAGAGACCAUGGAGAAGGGAGUGCAGCAUCCAUGUACCGGAGACAAACAGAACCAUCAUUUCAACAAUCACAGCAAACACUAUGGGUCCAAGCCCUGUAUGACUUUGAGGCAUUGGAGUGUGAUGAGCUAGGAUUCCGCAGUGGAGACAUCGUAGAAGUCCUGGACAACUCUAACCCGUGUUGGUGGAAAGGGCGCCUGCGUGGCAAAUUGGGUCUCUUCCCUUCCAACUAUGUUACACCAGUGACCCGGUGAUUCUGCAGCAUUCCAAGAUGCGUUGGGAUGGAGCUGCUCUGGUGUGUCGGGGGCAGAGAGAGCAUCUUCCAUGCAACCAGAACAUACCACGUUUUUAUUACAAUAAUAAUUUAUUGGCAGCUGAUCCAUUGAUUAGUUAAUAUUAAAGGGAUCUCUGGAGAGCGGUGGGGGUUUUCUCUCCUUUUACACUCCAGUGUUAGAGGGAGCAAGAAUCCUGGAUCGUCCAUGAGGUCUUGCUGGAUCCUGCCUGCACUGCCAUCAUUUUGGCAAAAUGUUGCUAACUCAGACUUUGCUAAAUUAGAUAAGUCACAUGGGAACCCACCUCAAGCAAGCCAGGUUUCAGCUUGUAGGCAGCCCCACCUCCUCCAACAUCUGAGCACCACCUUUUGGACCUUGCGACAUGCCAUCUAGCAGAGGAAGGGAUGUGGUCCUGUAAACUGGUGUACAGAGCAAUCCAAUGUGGAACCAAUAUGUGGGGAGAGAGAGAAACCAAGUUCUUUGCAGCUUCUUAUAGACCUGCCCUCAUGCACUCCUGCCCAUACCACAUGUACUCCUGUCCACUGUCCAAGCUGCCUUCCAAGAUAUGCUGCACUUUCCAUUAAACAGUCCUGUAAGGGGGCCUGGCUUUUCAACCAAACCAAUAGUCACCAGCUGGAAAUAUGGUGGAAGUCACCAAUAGUUUUGUUAAAUUGAAAUUUUUUUGGUGGUAUGUUGCUGCCUAAAAAUCUUCCUCCUAUAUUUUUGGGAAUCUGGAAUCCCUGUUUAUAUAACCUUGAGUUGCUGGUAACAUGUAUCAUCCACCUCUGUGUAUCUAUGUGAACACAUACACACACAAACGAAUAUACAUACACACACUCUCCUGCAAAGGUAUUUGAUCAUUGCGGGGACGGCAGAAGACAACCAUAUAUGGUUGUGUAGCACCGUGCUGUCUUUAGAAAUUGUCCCAAUUUCACAUCCCUGAUUUUCCACCCACCCCUCUCAUGGCCUGCAGCUUCCCCAUGCCUAGCUUCUUUUUCACCUCUCCUGAGUAUCCAUCUCUCGGGUCUCUUGUUAUGAAUAUUACUAUAGUGCCAGAAGCAAUCUCUAGCUAGCACUAUUUUGAUGCUAGAUUCCAGGCAGGGCUACUACUCUACUUGUGGGAAUGCAGUGAAUAAAGUUGCAAUCAAGAACAGUCUCCUCUAUAUACCUGUUUCCUUUGAACUAAAUAAGGUAAAUGCCCAACACAUUGGAAACAAGAUUGAAAUUUUAAAAAAGGAGAGAGUUGUACAAAUCACCAAUUGUGACAUAAAUGAAUUGCAAAUACACAUUUAAAAUGAUCAAAAUCUUGAGCGAGAGCAUUGAGUAACUGCUACUCAUGCAAGUUGAAAUUUAGCAAGCUGCCUGAAUAAAAUAGUUUCCUACCAUGUUUAAGACCUCAGGAGUCAGCAAGGAAGUGCUGAUUUCAGUUUAUUUGGCAUGAAAGAAAACACAAACCAGACCCAUCAGUAAAAAUGGACUUGAUAAAGGAUAAAACCAAUGGGGAAAAAAGAAAAGAGGAGCCAGGCUGAAUGCCAUCUAAUGACAUGGCAUAAAUACCAUUGUCACAAGAUGUGCAACAUUUGCUGUUCUUGAGUAGUAAGGAGCUUUUCUGGAAUGCUUGAG